AUGGCACCAACCCCAAUAUCGAUUCCCUCCUUCGCCGAAACCCAACUCCAACUCCUGCUCCAUGAGCACGAAGCCGAAGUAUCCUCCUCCUCCCUCGCAACUACAGCCGCCUCAGUCUCACCAGCAACACGGCGAACACUUCAAGCGACCGGUAACGCCCUAACGGGUCUCAUACUAUCACAAUGCCGCACCGGUCUCGGGGGUCGCGUGGUGGGUGAAUUCGCUCCCGAUCCAGCCAUUGCAACUUCUGAAUCUUCGGAUGGGCAACCUCGUCUUGGCACCCAUGGGAUACGAGUUGGGGACGUUGUUCGCGUGAACGAUAUUUCUGCGGGGGCAAAGAAAGUUGGGAAAGACAAGCCGAAAGAUGGGGCUGAUGUGAAGGGUCCGGAGGGUGUUGUCACCCGCGGGGGUGGUGCGCGGUCCAAAGAGGAUGAUGAAGCGAUUGAGGAAUUAUGGAGCAAGAAGUUAUGGGUGAUCAAGCUUGCCAAUGAUGUUACGUAUAGACGAAUGAGGCAGACGAUGGAGAAGAUGGUCAAGAUGACCGAGGGAGAUCAUUCACAUUUCAUGCGCGUGGCUUUUGGGCAUACAACCCCGUUACAACCGGAAGAGAUUACCGAGCCCAUCGAGUUUCUCGACCCGACUCUCAAUGACUCGCAAAAAGACGCUAUUCAAUUCGCGCUGGGAUCUAAGGAUAUCGCCCUAAUUCACGGACCGCCCGGUACAGGAAAGACACAUACCUUGAUCGAGCUCAUUAUGCAAUUCGUGCAACGCAAUAAACGCAUUCUCGUAUGCGGCCCAUCGAAUGUAUCUGUCGAUAACAUUGUGGAGCGAUUGGCUCUUAAAAAGGUUCCGGUAGUUCGCAUUGGGCAUCCUGCGCGUCUUCUUCCCUCGGUCCUGGAACAUUCCCUUGAGGUUUUGACGCAAACGUCUGAUGCGGCCAGUAUUGUGAAGGAUGUACGCAAGGAGAUGGACGAGAAACAAGCGAGUAUUCGCAAGACUAAGAGUGGUCGGGAAAGAAGGGUAAUCUAUGACGAUCUGAAACACCUUCGGAAAGAGUUCAGGGAACGCGAAUCCAAAUGUGUUGAUAAUCUAGUGCGGGAAAGUAGUGUUGUUCUAGCAACUCUUCACGGCGCUGGCGGACACCAGCUCAAGAACCAGAAAUUCGAUGUGGUGAUUAUCGAUGAGGCCAGUCAAGCACUCGAAGCACAAUCUUGGAUCUCACUGAUGUCGGCUGAGAAAGUGGUUCUCGCGGGUGAUCAUUUGCAACUCCCGCCUACGGUCAAAUCAACCAAUCCAAAAUCCAAGGACGCGCCCAAAAAAGAUGCUCCAGAAGACAAGGAGAUACUGAAAGGGUUCUCGCUUGAGCGCACAUUAUUUGACCGCUUGUUAGCAUUACACGGAACCGGUAUCAAACGCAUGCUGACGACACAAUACCGCAUGCACGAUAACAUAAUGCGAUUCCCAUCAGACGAGUUAUACGAGUCCAAGUUGAUGGCAGCUGAUUCGGUGAAAGCCCGCCUGCUGGUGGAUUUGCCGUACGAGGUACGGGGCUCAGACGAUACGCAGGAGUCCCUUGUCUUCUGGGAUACGCAGGGGGGUGAUUUCCCUGAAAAGACCGAGGAUGCCGAGGUCAGCAAAAAGGAAACACUUCUGGGGGAGAGCAAAAGCAACGAGAUGGAGGCCUUAGUGGUUGCCCGACACGUUGAUAACCUGGUGGAUGCAGGAGUGAGACCUGAGGAUAUUGCCGUGAUUACGCCCUACAAUGGUCAGCGGGCCCUCCUGUCUCAGAUGCUGCGGGAAAAAUACGCUGGGCUGGAACUGGGCAGUGUGGAUGGAUUUCAGGGCCGCGAAAAGGAGGCUGUUGUUGUUAGUCUUGUGCGCAGUAAUGAGGAACAUGAGGUUGGAUUCCUCGGUGAGAAGAGGCGUCUCAAUGUUGCUAUGACCCGGCCCAAGCGACAUCUUUGUAUCUGCGGGGACUCGGACACUAUCAGUCGGGGAAGCUCCUUUUUGAAACACUGGAUGGAUUAUUUAGAGGAAAAUGCCGACCUACGAUACCCCGAUGCCGGGGAUUUACUCUAA